CAAGCCACCAAGAUUCACGACUGGUCAUCCCCUUGAGACCCGAGCUCACUGGGACAACUACUGUUGAUCUCUUUGAUUCGAGCUCUCGUUAGCGCGAUGUCCGAGAAGCGCGUGGAUCCCGAGGACGGCACUGCGUACACCUUCGAGGAGAUUUCGGCGUUCUACAAGGGGAAGUACAAGAAGAGCGAGGUAAAGGCGUACUGGGAAGACACAUGCAAACCGGUGAAAGGAAAAGGAAAGGGCAAAGGCAGCAAGGGCGAGGCGAAGGCGAAAAGUAAGGCCAAAGCCGAGCCCGAGCCGAAGGGGAAAGCCAAGGCAAAGACGAAAGCCAAGGCCAAAGCCGAUGCCGAGCCAAAAGCGAAGGCGAAGGUGAAGGCCAAGGCCAAGGCCGAGCCUGAGCCCAAGGCCACGUCCGAGCUGGGUAAGCCCGCGGGCCCAGGGCAGAGCCGGUCGGGGCGGCCAGUGAACGUGGCUGCGCUGAUGAAGGUCACGAAGGACGAUCUGGGCCUGCUGCCUCAGCCCCUCAAGCCGCGUUUCAAGACGGCGCUCGUGGGCAUCUACGUCCGCUCCCAGCCAGGCGGCGGCACCGACAAGAGCUCCAACGGCCAGCGAUACGACUCCAUCCCGUUCGCCAACGGGGUGAUCACGGCCGGCAUGAGCUGCCAGCUGAUCAACUAUGUGCACGAGGAGCACGACACGUUCUUCGAGGUGGUCAAGGGGUUCGACGCCCUCAUCGUCCGCUGCAACCCCGGCCAGAUCAAGGCGGACGGUGGCAGCCAGGAAAAGUUCGACGACAGCCUGCGCGUUCUGCGCAAAGCGGGGAUGCAGGUGUGGCCCUCUCCCGACGUGAUGGAGUUCAUGGGCGCAAAGGACGCGCUGUGCAAGAUCGCGACCAUGAGCAUCGGCCUGGAGGACACUCUGGCCUACUACGACCCGACCGUGUUUGCGGAGGGCUUCAAGAAGACCAUGGCCUUCCAGCCACGCGUGAUCAAGCAGAACCGCGGCUCGUCUGGGGAGGGCAUCUGGAUCAUCAAGCUCAAGUCCGGGGAGUACUGCAAGGCGUUCGGCGAGCGCAGCUGCGCCGACGACGAGAUGCUGGACCUGAUGGAGGCCAACGACAACCACUCCGAGGAGCACACGGUGGGACAGUUCAUCGAGUUCUGCAUCAAUGGGCGCAAUGCCAAGUCGGGCGAGUGGACCUCGAAGGGCGUGGGCAAGUACCUCGAGGGCGGCAAGGCGGCCGGGGGUCAGCUGGUGGACCAGCGCUUCUGCCCGCGCAUCGUCGAGGGCGAGCUGCGGUACAACAUGGUCGGCGACACGCUCGUGGGCAUCAUCCACAAGAAGCCCAAGGAGGGCGGCAUCUCUGCCGUCGGCGGGACAGGCUCGGUCUACACGUUCUACGGGCCGAAGGAGAAGAAGUUUGCGUCCCUGACGAAGAGCUUCUGCACAGUGGACCUGCCCAAGAUCAUGCCCGCCCUGGGUCUUGAGGCCGAGCCCAUUCCACUCUGGUGGACCUCCGACUUUAUCAAUUCUUCGCCCCCUGGCACCGCCGCCAAAGACGAGAAGUGGAUUGUGGGCGAGUUCAACUGCUCCUGUGUGGGGAUCUCCAAGUGCCUCCCAGCCUGCGUCACCGCGGACGCCCCGACCGCCUGCUACACCGACAUCCCCAAGAAGGACGGGGCGGAGGUGAAGAGGCUCGGCGAUCUUGUGGGGCAGAAGGCCCUCGGCAUCCUGGCGAAGAUUGCCAAGGAGAAGGCGAAGCCAGCUGGGGUUGGCGAGUACUUCUCUGCCGGGCCUGUCGAUGUUUCCUCCCUUACGAAGAUCUCUAAGGACGACCUCGGCCUCCUGCCGCAGCCGGCCAAGCCGAGGUUCAAGACAGCUCUAGUCGAGGUCAGCGUCCGCAGCAACAAGUACGGCGGCAGUGACAAGAGUUCCAACGGCCACCGCUACGACUCGAUUCCGUUCGCGAACGGCUUGAUCUCCGCAGGCCUGAGCUGCCAGAUGAUCCACUACGCGCACGAGGAGCACGACAAGUUCUUCAAGGUAGUCGAAGCGUUCGACGCCCUCCUCGUGCGCUGCAACCCUGGCCAGAUCAAGGACGACGGUGGCAGCCAGGAGAAGUUCGACAACAGCAUGCGGGCCCUGCGCAAAAUGGGGAAGCAGGUGUGGCCCUCCCCCGACGUGAUGGAGUUCAUGGGCGCAAAGGACGCGCUGUGCAAGAUCGCGACCAUGAGCAUCGGCCUGGAGGACACUCUGGCGUACUACGACGCGGCGGCGUUCGCGGAGGGCUUCAAGAAGACCAUGGCCUUCCAGCCGCGUGUGAUCAAGCAGAACCGCGGCUCGGCUGGGGAGGGCAUCUGGAUCAUCAAGCUCAAGUCCGGGGAGUACUGCAAGGCGUUCGGCGAGCGCAGCUGCGCGGACGACGAGAAGCUGGACCUCAUGGAGGCCAACGACAACCACUCCGAGGAUGGGGGCGCGAGCGGCGGCGCGGUGCAUCAGCGGGGGGUCCUGUUGAGUGUCAGGCACGUCUCCUCUGAGGAGCACACGGUCGCAGAGUUCAUCGAGUUCUGCGUCAACGGGCGUACGGGCAAAUCGGGCGAGUGGACCUCCAAGGGCACGGGCAAGUACCUCGAGGGCGGCAAGGCCGCGGGCGGCCAGCUGGUGGACCAGCGCUUCUGCCCGCGCAUCGUCGAAGGUGAGCUGCGCUACAACAUGGUCGGCGACACGCUCAUCGGCAUCAUCCACAAGAAGCCGAAGGAGGGUGGCAUCUCCGCAGUGGGCGGCACCGGCUCCAUCUACACGUUCUACGGCCCCAAGGAGAAAAAGUUUGCCAGCCUGACCAAGAGCUUCACUGGUGAUGACCUGGCCAAGAUUAUGCCUGCCCUGGGGCUCGAGGAUGAGCCCAUCCCGCUGUGGUGGACCUCGGACUUCAUCAACUCGUCGCCCCCGGGCACCGCCUCCAAGGACGAGAAGUGGAUCGUCGGCGAGUUCAACUGCUCCUGCGUAGGCAUCUCGAAGUGCCUGGCCGCGUACUGCAAGGACGACACGCCAGAAGCUUGCUACACUGACAUCGCGAAGAAGGAUCUGCUGGAGACCAAACGCAUCGGCAGCCUGCUCGGUAAGAAGGCUCUUGGCAUCCUCGUCAAGGCCACCCCGAAGGUCCCGUCGACCGCGAAGGCGGACGCGUCCGAGGCUGUCCUCAAGCAGAUCCUCUCCAGCGUGGACCCGAAAUACGCGGGAAACGCCGAUCUCAUUCAGAAGCUGAAAGAUUGGAGGUCCUCCAAGGCCUGAGAGGGGCCAGAAGGGCCUAGGUCCCCCCUGCGCCGCGCGCUGGCGCCGGCCGUCUCGCGAGAGGCCGCCGCCCCCUCGGCGCCGGCGUGCAGCCGGGCAGCGCAUGGCCGCCCUUUCUCGCCAGUGGCCCCGCGCCGGCGCAAGCCCCCCGCGCGCGGCCCACGCGAGCCUCGGGCGCCGCGAGGGGCGAAUCUGCAGCGAGUCCCCCGCGGCGCGCCGAGCCCACGUACUUUUUGCCCGCGGGCGCCGUCUCCGGGCGAGCAGGGGGAGAGGUCACGUCGAGAAGGAGGAGGAGAAGAUACUCUCCAGGCUCCGAGGGGCACCGCCCGCGACGCGGCAUCAGUGCAUAGUUGCUCCAGUGCGCCCACUCGACUCCUCAUUCUUAAAUGAAUGGUGGCGGUCGGCAGCUCUGAUGCGACGCUUUCGGCUCGACCAGUCGACGGGACGCACGCAAUUGUUUCAAGGCUGAGACCCCGCGUAGGGCAAUUGCUUACUCGAUUUGACAGUAUGCGAUACGUGAUACAGCGCGAUACGAUGAAAA